CCUGUUGUUUGACAACUUUUUUACUUGUCUAAAAUACAUACUAAAUAUUGAAUGAAAUAUUUAAAGUCAAAAGUACAAUAUAUGUUUUUAAAAGUGAUUGCACUUUCUUUAAGUUCUACAAAGAAUAGCCAUCAGCAAUGACAGACAAAUUAACUCUAGAUAAACAUGCGAUGAAAGAUAAAUCGACGGCUCAUCUUCGUAUAUACGUUGGCGGACUUACCGAUGAUGCUAAUGUCGACGAACUUUACAACCAUUUUAUCGAAUACGGCCCAAUAGAUGGAAUAAUCAUAAACAGAAUUUUUGGAUUUGUACAAUUUCAACAAGAGUCAAGUGCGAUUGAAGCUAUAAACAAAGCUAAUUUCAGUAUCUUUCAAGGAAGAAAAAUAUCUGUCAGAGCUGCUCAACGGAAUGGUCCUAAGAGGGAAUCUGAUCUGGUGCCAAUGCAAUCAGAUAAACUUUCGCCACUUCCAUUAACUGAAAAUAUGCCUAAAGUUGGGGAUGAUAACACUGAAGAUUCUUAUGACAACUAUGGAAACUAUGCUGGUGAAAAUUAUAGAGAAGAAGAAUUUGAAGAAGGUUACAAUAAACAGAAUUGGAAUGAGCGAGAAGGGUCAUCUCGUGGAGGUCCACGAGGUAGAGCUCGUGGACGCGGUGUUCCGCGCGGACGCGGCGUUCCAUCGAACUUUAGAGAACGAUCACCUGGUAGAGGUAGUGAAUGGCCUGAGAGAAAUUAUGAUAGAUACCCUCAGCCAGAGUAUCCAAGGGCAUUACCAGUACCAGAGAGGAAUGACUGUGAAAUUAUAGUAGUCUCAAAAGCUCUAACGGAAUAUGCAGAGUAUAUUGAAGGGCGUCUAAAACGAUUAGGUAUAGUUGUAGAUCUACUUUUUCCAAUGGAAGAUGUCCCCAUCGGAAAAGUACUGGGGAACAUUGCAUCGCGAGGCUGUCUUUAUGCUAUAUUGGUAAUGCCCUUGAACUUGGAACAUAGAUCUUUGACACUAACAAUCCUUCAUGGCUUGCCACAAGAACAUCGCAAUAUGCCACUUGAAGACGCGCUGCAACUGCUAUCACGGAACUUUCAAGAAGUACAACGAGGUGGACCUUCGGGAAGAGAAGCGGUGUACGCUCUGCUCGGACAAUUGGCAGAUGGAAGUAGCCUCACUGUGCUGCAAUAUGAUAAAGUUAUUGAAUAUCUGCAGGAACGGAGAGAGCAACAAGUCAAGAUAGAAUUAGGUGAGCCAUUAACCACCACGACUACUAAUAGUAAAACUCAAGUGGACUUACAGCAAAGAAUAUUGAGUAUACUUAACGACAAAAAGUCUUUAAGUAAAUCCGAAUCUCCGCCUGUCGCAAGUCCGCCAGUGAGCAAGCAAGAAUCACAAAACAAACUGUUAAAUGAUCCAACAGUCAGAAAAGCUUUAGAUUCAAUACUACAAAAAUUUGUAUAAAUUAUGUGCGUACUUAUAAUAAUGUAAUCGUAAUAUUAUAGCAGUAUUAGACAUAAGAUUUUUCAUUAAAUAAAAAGUAAUGACAAUUAAAGUUUGGGAGUUUUUUCCAUUUAAUAAUAAUUGAAAUACAAGUGUUUUUUUUUUAAAUAUAGGCAUAAAACUUUAACUAACUUUUUAAAACUUAUAAGUAAUGCUCAACAAAUUGCAGAUGGAGAUAAAUAACGAAUUGCUUAUUAAAUAAAAAAAUAAAAAACAAAUUAUAUAGAAAUGUUGUCUUGUCAUUACUUUCGGUAGAAUAUAGAAAUACUUUUUUUUAAAUGCUUCUGCGUCUUUAACGGGAACUAGAAUACCAUUUCUUCUUACUAUAGUUCACAAUUAUUAGAACAAUAUGCAAUUUUAAGGAAAUAAAUAAAAAAAAUCCUGUAACUUCGUAUUAUUUAUGACGUUUGAAAUAAAACACAAUGUAUUUGAAU